AUGGUCGAGUCAGCGACGUCGCCCGAGAUGUUCUUAGUAGUGCUUGCGAUCUCGAUGUGUAGCAUUCUAUUCUGCUUCACCAUUGGUGUCGUCGUAAUCUUCCACUGUUGCGAUGUGAAAGAAGUUAACUUUGAAGAAAUACCCGCGGCUAUCCUAGAGAGAACUCGUCAUUCAAUAAACUGGGCGCGAAAUUCAAUAUUCAGUCAUCAUUCCGAAUGUAUAGAAGACAUCGAGGACAACCAAUUUUUGUCUCCUCAACGGGCAUACCUGAAGACGCCAACACCAACACCUGUCGAAGUGUAAAGAACGUAGAUCUUUUGUAAGUAUAAAGUAUUUUAUUCAUAGUUUUGCGUACUUUUGUGAAGCCUAGCUUUUCUAAAACUCAUAUUUACCACUGGAUCCAGUCAUUCAUGCACUCAUAUCUUGUUACUUCCCUGAUUCAUUCACAUUUGACUAACAUCGGGAGAACAAGAACUUUGUUUGAAUGGUUGUUGAAGCGAACUUUGAGUUCUGAAUAUGUUUGUAUUGUUUUCUUCAACUCUUCAAAUUACAUGGUCAUCAC